ACUUUUGGGAGGAAAGCAUCGUAGUGAUACAAGGGAAUAAUUACCUAUCUUUGGUCCAAAGUUUUUAUGGGGCAUGAAAAUAUGGGGCGACGGGAUUUUAAGCAUUCGGGAUGUGGGUCGGUCGGGUUGGGUUUUGGCUGGAUGACCAGACAGAGUUGAGUUUGGAAAGUGCCGGAAGUCAAACGGAAGAGCGGUUAGAGUCACGCCCGCUUUCUUGUGCUCUGGCGGGCAGGGAGGGAAGAGCGAUGGCGGCAACUGUCGGCCUGCCCUCUCUUUUGCCUUCGCAGAGCCAGUUGGACUGCGCGCUGGAAGAUGCGACCACGCUUCAGGAGAAGGAGAACUUGGUAUAUCAGCACGUGAAAAAAGUGGACGGAUGGGAGCGGGAUUUGAAAGUCCCCGAGUUUGGAGCAGAUUUACAGUGGCUGAACACUGAAGGUUCACUUUCUUUAUAUGAACAUCUUUGUGGAAAAAUAGUGGUACUAGAUUUCUUCACCUACUGCUGCAUCAAUUGCAUCCACAUUUUGCCUGAUCUUCAUGAUUUAGAGGAGAAAUACUCUGAUAAAGAUGGUGUCCUUGUUAUAGGUGUUCACUCAGCAAAAUUUCCAAACGAAAAAGUUUUGGAUAACAUCAAAAGUGCUGUUCUUAGAUACAACAUCACUCAUCCUGUAGUAAAUGAUGUUAAUGCAACUCUCUGGCAUGAGCUAGAAGUAUCCUGCUGGCCAACCUUGGUAAUUGUUGGACCUCGUGGCAAUAUCUUGUUCAGUCUGAUUGGCGAAGGGCACAAGGACAAACUAUUUCUAUUUACAUCUACAGCCUUAAAAUACUACAAGGAACAAAGGCAAAUUAAUAGUAAUAGAAUAAGAACACAGUUAUAUAGAGACUCUUUGUCAUCUUCACCUUUGCUGUUCCCUGGGAAAAUUGCAGUAGAUAGUUCUGAAAACAUCUUGGUAAUAGCAGAUACUGGGCAUCAUAGGAUUUUGGUUGUGAAAAAAAAUGGUCAUAUUCUGCACAUCAUUGGAGGACCAGACAGUGGAAGAAAUGAUGGAAAUUUUUCAGAAGCAUCAUUCAAUUCUCCACAAGGAGUUGCCAUAAAGAACAGUAUUAUUUAUGUAGCAGAUACAGAAAACCAUCUAAUUAGAAAGAUUGACCUGCGGUUGGAGUUAGUGAGCACUGUUGCAGGAGUUGGAAUACAAGGCACUGAUAAGGAAGGAGGAGCCAAAGGAGAUGAGCAACCUAUUAGUUCUCCAUGGGAUAUAACUUUGGGAAGCUUAGCAACUUAUGAAGAUGGUGUUCUUUGGAUUGCCAUGGCAGGCAUACAUCAAAUCUGGGCACUUAUGUUGGAAAUUGGAAAACUUCCUAAAGGAAGUGAUUUGAAGAAAGGAACUUGUCUUCGGUUUGCUGGAAGUGGAAAUGAAGAAAACCGAAACAAUGCAUAUCCCCACAAAGCAGGCUUUGCUCAGCCUUCUGGUCUCUCUGUUGCUGCUGAAGAUCCAUGGAGUUGCCUUUUUGUUGCAGACAGUGAGAGUAGUACUGUGCGAACAAUUUCUCUAAAAGAUGGUACUGUGAAACACCUUGUAGGAGGCGAGAGAGAUCCAAUGAAUUUAUUUGCUUUUGGUGAUGUUGAUGGAUCUGGGACCAAUGCAAAGCUACAGCACCCAUUAGGAGUAGCUUGGGACAAGAAAAGAAGCCUCCUUUACGUUGCAGAUUCCUAUAAUCAUAAGAUUAAAUUUGUAGAUCCCAAAAUGAAGAAUUGCGCCACUUUAGCAGGUACAGGAGAAGCAAGCAACAUAAUUGGUUCCACCAUUACCACAUCAACUUUUAAUGAACCAGGAGGCCUAUGUGUUGAAGAUGGAGGACAAUUCCUUUAUAUUGCAGAUACCAACAAUCAUCAAAUUAAAGUGAUAGAUUUAGAAACUCGUACUGUUUCACUGCUUCCUCUUCUACAUAUUGACACAGUGGACUCUAUAACUAGAAGGAGUAUUAAAAUGACUGAUAAAACAGAACUACCAAUGCUCCCUAAAUCGGCUCCACAUUUUCAGCUACCUUCGUUGACUGUAAGUCCAGGCCAAGCACUUCAGUUCGUGCUGAUGCUCAACUUGCCUCCAAAUACUAAACUGACUGAAGAAGCACCAAGUGCCUGGUUUUUUACUGCAGAAGGUAAUGAAUGGCUACUUUGUGAUCCUCAUAGAUCUGGGACAAUUACAGAUAUAUUUGAACAGCCUAUAAUCCAAUUUCAGCUACCCACUAACUGCCUGUCAGCUGAAGCUUUAUUGUCAAUCAACGUGUGCCUCUAUUACUGUAGCAAGGACAGUAAUGCCUGCAUGAUGAAAGGAAUCUCAUUCAACCAGCCUUUACAUAUAGCAAAUGUAAACCAAAAAAGCAUAGCUCCAAUUGAGCUCAAAUAUACAUUUUAAUUUUAAGCACAGCAAAGCAAAAAACCAUUUAUAGGCUUAUUUACCUAAUUUUUUACUGCAAAACAAACUUAACUUUUGCAAUACUAUAUAUGUAUUAUUACAUGUAUGAACUUAAAGCACACCUUGCAAAAAUGUAUGUUUGCAUAAAUGGAAUGUGAGAAAUCAUGAAACUGUAUCUAAAUCUUAGUACCUUGUUAACUUAUAAUAUAAGCAAUAAAUGCUAAAGGGUUGGGAUCACUGUGAAAAAAACAAAUCUAAACAUAGAAAAGAUCGAUUUCUAUCUUCAGAGCACAAUCUUAAUGUUGGAAACUCACAUUCGUUUGAUUUUUUGCCCUGUGUUAUAUAAACAUUUGUCAUCACAUGUUUUCUGGACCAGGAGGCCUUGCUCACUGUCACUCAUGCCUUGAUCACCUGUUUGUUGAAUUACUGAAGUGAGCAAGGUCCUCUACGUGGACCUACCCUUAAAGAUCACUUAGAAGUUACUACUGGUCCAGCAUGCAGCAGUGUGUGCUUGAGAUUUGACUAUAUUCAACCAUUGCUGUGCAAGCUAUCUUAGCUUCUAGUUGUUUUUUGAGUGCAAUUCAAUGUUGGUUACUACUUUACAGCCUUAAAUGGCUGUAGGACCAAGUCAUCCUACCAGAUCAGAUAACAUGGUCAGACUAGGUCCCUUUUCUUAAAUGUUACCUCUGAUGGGACCUUUAAGACAACACUUUCAAUCGCUGCCUUGACCCUUUGAAACCGCCUGUUCCUUGAUAUUUGGCUCCCACCCUUUAACUUCUGAAGGGCUAGUUCUUUCCUCAGACUUUGGGCUAGGAUAGAACUGAGCCCAGCAAAUGUAAGUUUAUAACAUAUCGCAGCGGUGUGGUUGGAUUAUAUGGUGGGUUAAUCUGGUUUAGCUGGUUUUAUUUAUAUUGUGUCACCUAGAGAUUUUAUGUAUAAGAAAGAUGGCCUAAGAGUUUUAUAAAUAAAUCAUCAACAUUUUGUUUCAAAUACAAGCAAAAUAAUGAAAAAUAAAAUAUGCAGUGAAAAAUAGUUUUUAACAAAAGCUAAAGUUUUUUUUAAAAAAAUAAUAUUUAAACCACAUGUUCCACAUAUGUUUGUUAAUGACUUACAUAGAGUAAUUUCUAUGCAAAAGCUAAAUGAAUUGAUAUUUAUAGCUAUGAAUAAUAUUUUUAAUAAUAAAAUCUGAAAAAUUAAAAAGAUGAAAGAUAUUUUUUAUUAUCUACAAUCAUAAACUGCUUGUUAAGACUUAUUUUCAAAGAGAGAAUGGUAUGGGGGUGCAGGGGUGUGUGUGGUAUGGUAGGAUAUGGUGUAUAAUAUGGUAUGAGUUUUAAACAAUAUUUACCUGUAUAAAGGAAAGAUACAAAACAGAUCACAUUCCAAAAAUACUACUAUUGUCAAAAUUAUAUAGAAUUUAAUACUUCACCAGCAAUCCAUCCUAUUAUGCAAACUACUUUUAAGAAUUCUUUUAAGUGCAAUUGUGCGUUGAUAAAGAAAUAGCAGGCAUGGUGUUAUUCUUUGUUUUUUUAAAGGUUUAUUCCCCUCAUAGAUCUUUUUAUAGUUAAAAAGAAAAAUUCCAGUAUAAUAAGACUUAUCCAAGUAAUCAAUGGCAUUUCUUCAAAUAAUUUGUUUUUAAAUUAUUUUAAAUGCCAUCUUGGAUAAAAAUCAGAAACUUACUCAUACAUUUCAAUCCCUGACUUUUUU